AUGCUGUCGGACGUGAAGGACGUGCAGCUGCUGUUGAACGAUCUCAGCAACCAUGACGCCGACAAGCUCGUGGCUCAGCUGGUGAAGGAGUACGCACAUAUGGACUUCGUGAUGGGGGUGAAUGCCAAGCAGCUCGUCUACGACGGCCUCAUCGCAUUCUUCAACAAACACAAUUAUGACAUUGGGCCAGUUGGAACCCAUUUUAUGGAGUCCGUCUGCGCCAUGCCGGAGGUGAACUGCUACGACUUUAUGGCAUCAUUCACAGGGCCAAACUGCUGCCUUAAUUACUCCAGUGUUGACAUCUUCUUGAAGUAUGAACUCCAGCCUACAUCUGUGAGGACACUCGUCCAUUUUUCACAGACAUUCAGACGUGGAGUGAUAGCAAAAUACGACUACGAGAGCAGUAUGGCCAACAUGGCUGCGUAUGGGGAGAGCAGCCCACCCGAAUACCACAUGUCCAACAUUCCACACGACCUGCCGCUGCUGCUCAGCUAUGGCGGCGGGGACAUGCUGUCGGACGUGAAGGACGUGCAGCUGCUGUUGAACGAUCUCAGCAACCAUGACGCCGACAAGCUCGUGGCUCAGCUGGUGAAGGAGUACGCACAUAUGGACUUCGUGAUGGCGGUGAAUGCCAAGCAGCUCGUCUACGACGGCCUCAUCGCAUUCUUCAACAAACACAGUUGA